AUGGCAUCCAUUUCAAAACCCAAACCCCACGCGGUGUGCAUACCCUACCCGGCGCAGGGGCACAUCAACCCCAUGUUCAAGCUAGCCAAGCUCCUCCACCGCAGCGGCUUCCUCGUCACCUUCGUCAACACCGACCACAACCACCGCCGCCUCAUCCGCUCCCACGGCGCCGCCUCCGUGUCCGGCCUCCCGGGGUUCCGCUUCGAGGCCAUCCCCGACGGCCUCCAGCCCUCCGACGCCGACGCCACGCAGGACCUCGCGGCGCUCUGCGUCUCCAUCCCCACCGCCUGCUUAGAGCCCUUCUGCGACCUCAUCGAGAAGCUCAACGCCUCCGCGGCCGCGCCGGUGAGCUGCAUCGUCUCCGACGGCGUGAUGAGCUUCACGCUCAAGGCGGCGGAGCGCUUCGGGCUGCCGGAGGUCAUGUUUUGGAGCGCUAGCGCUUGCGGUCUCUUGGGGUAUAUGCACUAUAAGGAUCUUAUUCACAAGGGAUACAUUCCUCUUCAAGAUAUGAGCCAAAUGACGAACGGAUACCUAGAAACAAGAAUCGAGUGGAUACCAGGAAUGAAAAACAUAAGACUCGCCGACAUCCCAACUUUCAUCAGAACCACAAACAUCGACGACAUAUACCUCAAUUUCAUGAUGCAAGAAACCGCCGCCAUGCCGAGAGCCAAAGCCUUGAUCAUCAACACCUUCUCCGCCUUCGAGCGCGACGCCCUCGCCGCUCUCUCCUCCUCCUUCCCCAAAAUCUACACCAUCGGCCCUCUCCACCUCACGCCAGACGACACCAACGCCCACGACCAACCCUUCACCUCCAGCCUAUGGAAAGAGGAGGCCGAAUGCAUCGCUUGGCUCGACACCAUGGCGCCCGCCUCCGUUGUCUACGUGAACUUCGGCAGCAUCACAGUCGUUACUGCAAAUCAAAUGACUGAGUUCGCAUGGGGGCUAGCCAAUAGCAAGAAGCCCUUCCUGUGGAUCAUUCGCCCGGAUAUCGUAUCCGGUGAGGCCGCCAUGCUGCCUCCUGAGUUCCUGACGGAGACCAAGGACAAUUGCAUGAUGGUGAGCUGGUGCCCGCAGGAGGAGGUGCUGAAGCACCCUGCGGUAGGGGGGUUUCUGACGCACGGGGGGUGGAACUCGACUCUGGAGAGCGUUGUGGGCGGGGUGCCUGUAAUAUUCUGGCCGUUUUUUGCGGAGCAGCAGACGAAUUGUCGGUAUGGGUGCGUGGAGUGGGGGAUAGGAAUGGAGAUAGAUAAUGAUGUGAAGAGAGAUGAGGUGGAGUUGUUGGUGAGGGAGAUGAUGAUGGAUGGGGAGAAGUGGAAGGAGAUGAGGAAGAAUGUUGUGGAGUGGAAGAGGAAUGCGGAGGAGUCUGUUGCGGUUGAUGGCUCUUCGUUUCUGGAUUUUAAGAGAUUGAUUGAGGAGGAGCUCUCGGUUUAG